AGGAGAAAGAGGCGAGAAAAAGGGACAAAAUAUACGAAUUUUUAAUUUUUCGCGCGAGAUAAAAAAGGAAGGAGGGAGGGAGGAGUAAAGGGCUAACAGCCCUUUGGAAGCGUGGGGAAAAAUUAGGAGAAAAAUCGUCAAAGUACAGCGAUGAGGUGGAAUGUUUGAUCGCUCGGUUUGCGAGGGAAACCGAUUGUAACUAAUCCGGCUAAGAGCGACCUUGAGCAAAAUGGUCAGGGGGGUGGUGUUACUAGUCUUGCUAGUUCUCUUCGGUGCCUUCGACGUUCCUGGCAUCGAGAGGGUUCGUGUUAGAUAUCUGGCCAAUGCUGGUAACACCUGUAACGCUUGUAGAAUGCACGAGGAGAUCAGAGCUCUCAGCCUCAAAGCCAUCAAGGAACAAAUUUUGAACAAGUUGGGCUUGAAACAAGCUCCAAACAUGACGGGUAGAGCCCUGCCAAGAAUCCCGCCGAUUUCCAAAUUGAUGGAUAUGUACGGGAUGCAAGCUGAUCAACCUCAACCUCUCGAGCCCGGUAUCUCGCAUCACGAGGAGAUCGACGAGUAUGCUGCCAAAACGGAGAGCGUCUUCGCCCUGGCGCAACCUCAUCAGAGGCUACGGCACUCGAAAGGCAGCCUCGACGUUCUCUAUUUCAAAUUCUCGGACAAGGUGGUCCAGCAUCGCGUGACGAGAGCGGAAUUAUCGUUGUGGAUAUGGGGAACGAAGGAAGAGGACGUCUCGGAAGAGCUGGACGAGCUCGGAGGAGAUUUGGAACGGUCGAUGGAGAGCGAGGAGGAGGGUGGCGGGCCCGUGACGAUCACGUUGCAAAGGAUCGUACGCGGCACCACCGAGACGGGAGGCCCAUCGUUGGGCCCACCGUUGACCACUAAACAUCCUCGACCGAUCGGCUCCAGAGGCAAUUGGGUAACGAUCGAAUUGAGGAGAAUGGUCGCCGAAUGGUUCAAACAUCCACGGGACAAUCUCGGAGUAGCGCUCAAGAUCUCCGGUCCCGGAGGUGGUGGUAGUGGUGGUGGUGGUAGUAGUGGUGGCGGUGGUGGUGGUAGUGGUAGUGGUGGUGGUGGUGGUGGUGGUGGUAGUGGUAAUCAUCGCAGAAAUUCGAAAUUAGUCGAGACUAAUCCCGAAGCCGAGUACGCGCCAUACCUCGAAGUACAGACGCAAGAACUCGACUCUAGAAGAGGGGCGAGGAUCAAGAGAAACGUAGGACUUAAUUGCGACGAAGCCAGCCAAGAGACCAGAUGUUGCCGAUACAAGCUCACCGUCGAUUUUGAGAAAUUUGGCUGGGAUUGGAUAAUCGCGCCCAAGAAGUACGAUGCCAAUUAUUGUUCGGGCGAUUGUCCGAUGGCCUUUCUACCGGCAUAUCCAAACACUCACAUCGUCAGCCUGGCGGAGCCGCCCAACAACUCUGGUCCAUGUUGCGCCCCGAGAAAACUCUCCGAGAUCACGAUGUUGUACUUCGAUAACGAGUAUCAAAUCGUGUUUUCGCGAUUACCAGGCAUGGUCGUCGAGAGAUGUGGAUGCUCAUAGUCUACCUUUAUAGCUCGAGAGAAGAGCAACGACGGCGAAGAAAAUGUCAAGGCUCUUUUAGGAUCUACUAAAAUUGUCGAUGCUAUUUUUACUCCUCAUCGUUCCUUCCCUUUCCUUCUUCUUCUUCCUUUACUUUCCCUCCCUCUCGAUUUCGUUUCACCGUUUCCUUUUCCUUCCCUCCCCCUCCCUCUCCAUCCCCCCCUCUAAAACUUAUCCAAUUUCCAUGGACAAUGAACGGUGGUGAUUAUCGUCGCGUCACCAUCCCCGUCAUCAUCGUCGUCGUCGUCGUUGUCUCUGUUCUUCGACGAAUUCUCAUUUCAUAGACUGAAAGUGCCUUGUUCGGGGUGGUUUAUUAUAUACCGAAAAAAAUCCCUUUGUAAAGAAUGAAUGAACGGGGAAUAAUCACGAGAUCAACAUACUCAACGAAUGCGGAUACAGCAUUGAUCGGAAAGAUCAUAAUAAAUGAAAAAAGUCCGUUUUUCUUUCUUCUCGAUACAUACGAUAUCGAUAUGUUGAAUCGAAACGGGCACAUUUAUAGUCGUUUAAGAUUAAUGGCAAGGCAAAUAGUUCCUAGAGUCACGGUAUUAUUAUUAAGGUGUCGAUGCGUUUACACCUGAUCUAAGGAAAACGACCGCGAAAGAAUUAUUUUUUAUACGGGAGCUUAUCGCAUUUAAAUCACCGAGUUUGCUACUUUUCAUGAUGGUCCGAUUUUUAUCCGACUUGUAGAACUUUUACGAAUCACGCAAAACGAAAGCAUCUUAUCGCAAUGUUUCCUUGCACAUCGUUGCCUUUCCAAAAAGCGAGGAUACGAAGAUGGAACGAUUCGUUUCCGGUAGUCGUCGUUGAUCGGUGAAAACGUGUUGGCCGAAAGAUCUCUGUGUACAGCGAAUCAUUUUCUUUUUUUUUCUCUUUCUUCUCUUUCUCUCUCUCUCUCUCUCAUCUCUAUCUUUCCUCUACAUCUUUCUUCUUCUUCUUCUUCUUCGUCUAUCUGCUUUUUACAAACAAAUAAAUACAAUACGUAUACGAGAAAUGUUUUCUCUUCGAAUAUAGCAUAGCGAUAUAAGUAAAUGCAAAUUUUCUCUCCUCUUUUCUUCUUUUUUAUAACGCAUACUUGGAUACUCCUCUUUCUUCCUUCCUCUCACGUAUAUCCAUCCGUUCCCGUUUCUUUCCUUUUAGCGAGUCAUGUGAAUGCGUGCAUACGAGUCGUGUAAAUAUAUCAUAUAUCUAGAUCGUUCUUUGCCGUUUCUCUUCAAAUUCUCUCUUCGAUUCCUCACUUUCCGCAUUCUCUGUCAUUUCAUCGUCAUCGUCAUCGUCAUCAUCAUCAUCAUCGUCAUCAUCGUCAUCAUCAUCAUCAUCAUCAUCAUCAUCGUUAUCAUCAUCAUCAUCAUCAUCAUCAUCGUCAUCAUCAUCAUCAUCAUCAUCAUCAUCAUAAUCGCCAUCGUCGUCGUCAUCAUUAUCAUCAUCGUCAUUAUCGUCACUAUUCAUCAUUCUUCUCCACUUCCCCUUCUUUUACGAUUCUUCUAACGAAGAAACGUUGCUUGUAUAUGCUUACGAAUGCAUGUUCUUUUUUCUAACGUGAUUAAUAACGAUCCACUCGAUAUACUAUGUAUACUAUGUAUAGAUGCGAAAUUGUAACAACGUCUGGGUUAAUCGAAUUCGAAAAAAAAAAAAAAAAUGAAACGAGUGCAUAUAUAUGUUUUGGGAAUAAAACGAGAGAGAGAAUAUUUUUUAUUCGCGCUGUAGUUGGAUCGCUGUUGGAUCCAAAUCGCAGAUCAGUGAUAAUUAUUAUUUGCGUAGAUAUUUGCGUAUAUGUGUAUAUGUGGCUAACGUUCGAUCUUUAAUCUUCGAUGAAAGUGUAUUUUUUUCGGGAAAAUUAGAUUGAGAUGCGUUUUCUAGCUACGUUUCUUUCUUUCUUUCUUUUUUUUUUUUCUUCACACGAUUUGGUAAAGUAUGGUAGUAUCGUUGCGAUAUCUAGAUAUGCUUAGCUCGAAAAGUGCGCCAACCGAGAAACGUCUCGGUGCAUGUUCGGAACAAUGGGGGUCUCCGGGCUCGUUUUUCUAAAUACCCGGAGAAUUUUUGGAAUUUUUCUACGAUUCUCGUGCGAGACAGGGGAUAAAUGACAGAAACGGGCGCCUCGUUUCCGUAAUUUAUCUUCCCUUCGAUGUAAGAGUAGUGUUUUAGAAAUGUUACGGACGUUUCGAAAUUAUUCGUUUCUUCUCAUCACGUGAUAUCGAUGUUUCAAAUUCACGAAAAUAUAGUAAUAAUAUACGAGAAAAAAAAAAAAAAAAAAAAAAAAAAAA